AGUGUACCCGGUUCGACUCAGCUCGGAGAGGCGAAGCAGUUCAAACCACACGAUUUCUGGCCAGUGACUUGGGUAAACUGGAAGGCUGUAAGUAGGGUUAGUGGUGUGCCUUUGAAUCAGCUAACUGGCAUUAUUGUCAAUUCUAGCAAGCAUUUGGAUAAAGUUAUCUUGUGUGGUACUGAACAUCCUCUUUAUUCUCAAAUAUCUCGUUUUAUCUCUUCGGGUAAAACCAGAAGAAACUUCAUGAGAAUUUACGCUCGUACAAAUCAAUAUAAAAAUUUUAUCACACCACCAUAUUUAGUGCGGGUUUCUAGUGAAGAGUCAGAUGUCAGAAAAGAACUUAAACUUUUUAAAUGAGUAAUCUGAACUGCAAAGUAUAAACAAAGCUUACUACUACAUGUAUGAUCUAUGAUAUUCUCUACUUAUACUUCAUUAUUUUUCCACCAACGUUCUGUUUAUAGCGGUUUCAUUAUUAAUAUCAUUAUUACUAUUUGACAUUCAAUGUAUGUACAUAUUUAUAAAAGAAGCUAAAUCGUUGUAAUAUAUACAUAAAAACGCUGAAAAUUACAUACUGUAUAAUUAUUGUUUGGAAUACAAUGAUUAUUAUUAUUAUUAUGCCGUAAACCAAAUUCAACAAUCAGCAAGUUAUGAAUUCGAACUAUAUAAACUGUUACAACUAGGUAAUAGUCACAAUUUAAUUAGUUCAAGCCUAUACAUCUCAGAGCUGAACUAUUCUAUGAGGGCUUUUAAAAUUAUUAAACGAUUCAAAGUCUUAUGAAAAAUUUUGAAUUUGAUACAAUUGAACAAAGACAAAAUCUCAUUUGAAAAGGUUUCUUAUCUACAAACACUAUAUAUUGUUCAUGAGAAAACAUAAAUACAACAAUACCUAGUGUUGAAUUAGUUGUGUUCUCUGGUUGAUUUAAAUUGCGAAGCUUUUGUUGUCCCUCCAGAUUAUGUACCUAGUAUUAUUUUAAAAAAUGUUCUGAUAUUCUGUGUCACCCUCUCACUGAUUUGUUUAACAAAUCUUUUUUCAGUAAUAUUGUGCCUGCCGUUUGGAAGGACAUUAAAGUUGUACCUAUACCUAAAUUAUGUACUAGAGCAUGUGUCAAAUUUAGAACCAUUGCUAUUACCUCUCCUUUUUUGAAAACUAUGGAGAAAUUACUUUUACUUAGUCUUGUACCUUCGCUUAAAUCCUUUAAUGACCCUAAACAAUUUGCCUAUAAGCACAGUAGAAGCACUUUAGAUGCAGCUGCCGUCUUAUAUCAUAACAUUGCUUCCAGUCUAGACAAGGGGGCUAAAUUUGUUCGUUAUGCCUUCCUAGACUAUACAUCUGCUUUCGACUCGGUCCCUAGGGACAUCUUAUUAAAUAAACUUGCUGCAAGUCAAACAGAAUGUUGGGCUGUUAACUGGUUACAUUCCUAUUUCUCAGAAAGAAAGCAGUACACCGUGUAUAAAGGGAAGUCUUCCACUUCAUUGCCUACUGAAGCUGGUGUCCCUCAAGGCGCUGUCCUUUUUCCUUUUCUUUUUUCUUUCUUCUUACAUGACUUGCCUCACUCUGAUGAAAUAAACUUUGUGAAGUACGCUGAUGAUUUAACAGUUUCAAUGGCUGUUAACUCGCAGCUAGAUUGUACUAAAAUAAAUAGCUUUCUGUCAGGAGUCAGUAAAUGGUCUGAGUCUAACGGUCUUAAACUGAAUCCUUCUAAAUGUCAAACUGUUAAUUUCAGCUUAAGAUGUAAAAGACAGUUAAAAGAAGUCAUCGAUUCUCAUGACAGUUGUAAGAUUGACGACAAUGAUAUAGGAAUCAAAUCAGAAAUUAAGUAUCUUGGACUUAUUCUCUCUUCUGAUCUCUCCUGGUCUUCCCAUGUCUUAGCGAUCUCCAGUAAAAUAUUCCGCCUGACAUUUUACAUUAAGAAGUUAAGGCACUCGGGUAUAACUCAACCCCUCCUCUUACAGUUCAUAAACUCUUGCAUCCUACCUAUUCUUCUUUAUUGUUCACCCUUAUUCUUUCCUGGUUUGCUUAAAAAGGACUAUGUCACAAUUCGUAGAAUGCUGAUGACUGUCAGUAGGGUGAGUGGUGUCCCAGUGGACCACAUAGUUAACAUCGUUGUCGAUAGGCACUUGACUUCGUGCAAUAAAUUUGCUAGAGGGAUUUUGUCUGACUUGGAGCAUCCGCUUUACCCUCAGCUUUCACCUUGCAUCUCCUCAGGUAGAACAAGAAGUAACUUCAGAAAACUGUAUGCUCGCACGUCUAAGUAUAGAAAUUCUAUGAUACCAUACUUGUCAUGUAUUUUAUGUGAUGAAAAUAGUGUCAGGCAAGAAUUAACUAACCUUUUUUCAUCUAGUAAAUAAACAAUUUCCUCCAUCCAUCCUUAUAUACUUCCAAGUUUUACUUUUAUUAUUUCUAUUAUAUUUAUGGUCCUGUUGCUUCUUUGUUUUACUCUCAUAAUUGCAAGCACCAACUUAUCUCUAUGACUGCUGUAAUCUUUGUUUUUCCCCUCACCAUAUCAUGUAAAGAGAACAUUAUAUUCAAUAUUUUUAAACAUGCUAGGAUUUCUAUACCGCAUUGACAAUACUGUGUGUAACAAGCCCACGGCAAUUUUCCACUUGUAUUAUUAUUAUUACCUUAGUUGUUAUUAUUAUUAUUUCCAUUUUAUAUGCUGCAUGUUUCUGACAUUACCCCUAUUGUAAAUGUGGAAAAUUUUCUGUGUGAUUAAUUUUAUUUAUAAUUUGAGGAAAUU